AUAGCAUCAUCUAAUACUCCAGGUUUUAAAUAUUUAAAAUUUUUCAAACCAGAGUAUCAUACAAAAAUUGCUGAAAUAUUAAAAGAAGACCCAAUUUUAAAAGAUGUAAUUACUCUCAUUCUUCAAAAUUCAGAACAAAAACAAGAAAUUUUAACUGAAUUUAAAGUUAAAGCUAUUAGAAAUAAUAAAAUUAGAGUAUUUGAUUUUGAAAAUAAGACUGAUACUGAACAUGGUUAG